UCAUCACAGUGCGAAGGAGUGGCGCUGUUUAGUCCGAGAGCGGUCGGUGGAGGUUGUGAAUCGUAGAAUUGGGCUAAAUCCAGCGAGACCACUCAUCAGAUUUAUCGAUUUUUAAAGACGACUCACUGAACCGAUUCUUGCGUGGGAUCGCGGAGCGCAAACGAACUACGGUGACAUGGAUUACACAAUCCGCGCUGCCACUUUAGAAGACUGCAAGGACAUUUACCGGAUGAUCAUGGAGCUGGCCAAACAUGAAAAAGUUUCUGACCAAGUGAAAAUUGCUCAGAGAGAUCUUGUACAGGAUGGCUUCUCUAAAAACCCUUUCUUCCAGUCCAUCAUCGCCGAGGUUCCUGAGCAGCACCGGAGCAGCAAAGAUGGACAUUCCAAGGUGGGGUUUGCCCUUUAUUUUUUUGCCUAUAGUUCAUGGAAAGGACGGUCUGUGUACAUGGAGGAUCUGUAUGUGAUGCCUGAGUAUCGAGGAAAGGGCAUUGGGAAGGCGCUCAUGAGUAAGAUCGCUCAGCUAGGUUUGGCAGCUGGAUGCAAUCAGCUGAAUUUUGCCGUCCUGAAUUGGAACAAAGAAUCCAUGGACUUCUACCUAAGUCAAGGGUGCUGGGAUGUGACCACCGGGCUGGGCUAUCACUGCAUGCGCUGUGAGGGGCCCGCGCUGGAGGACCUGGCACGGGGAGACCCGAAAAACUGAGGGAACCUUCUCACCUGGCAGCCACACCUUACUGCCGCAGAAGAACGUGAAGCAGAAAGGAGUCCCAGGCGAAGCAUGCAGGGUAUUUUUAACCAUUUCUGCUCUGUCCUGUGACAUUUGUACAUGAUAAAGCACCAUUUUAAAUAGGCGAUAACCCAAAACUGAAACUAAAUAUUAAUGUUUCGUUUUAGUCUUGCUUGGCUGGUAAGAAAUAUUAAAAUGCGCCAGUGUGUUGUCAUAGGUUCCUAAGUAUCGCACAUAUUCUGUGCUUAAGGUACAAUUUUAGGUAUUAAAUUAAGUGCAUAAUUGAAGAAAUGUCACAGAGAUCAACUUAACAAAUUUAAGUGUUAGAUUUAACUUGAGAAGAUGCAUCAUGUGAUGUGAAUUUGAUAUUAUGUAGGAAGAGUUUCGAGUAUGAGGUCAUCUUAAUUGCACUUAAGCCAACAUGGACAUCCCUGCAGAUAUUUGGUCGCUGUGUACUGUUUACAGGAUACUGUCGUGAAGUGCAUAUCCAUUCCAUUUGGUUUAAAACCUAGUUUAAAAAAUGGAAAGUUAGUUAAGUUUAAUGGUGUUUGGUUGUAUAGUUUGUAGUUUAUUGCACUGUUUAAAUUAUUGAGGUUUUAGAGGUAUACAGGUUUCAAUCUGAAAGGUUAACUUCCUAUUUAAAGAAUAUGGGUUCAGUUCUUUGGAAGUCGGCCAGGUGCCAAUACAGAAAUCUGAAUUCCCAUUGCCAUAUUGGGACUAUGGUAUUUGCCAAAGUCUGUUGUUUAUUUUGUUUGUGUCUUCGUCGCGUUUUAAUUUAUUUCGUUUAUAUUGUUACUGUUCUUUUCUUAUUUGAUUUGUUUUCUUUCUGGCACUUUCGUCUGUCACUUUUAUCUCGGAGAAAUGGGCACCUGUCCAUCACCUCGUCUCACCUGGGAAGAUCAGUGAGGUUGGCAUGGUGAACUCCCGUCUGCAAAACGGGGUUUGAAGGAAUCAGCUCAGCUCCAAGGCGUGUGCCGCAUCAGAGAGUCUUGAGCUGGCAUCUUGAAGUGUGUUCUUUGAUCUGAGUAUUGCAUGGUUCAGAUCCUUAAAGCGCUUUUUCGGGUUGCGUUUCCUGUACAGAUUUUCCAUGUGUUUUGCAGGACGGGGAAACCUGGUACACAAGUAUGAACAGUUUUGUUUAGAGUACAUAUUGAAAUAAAGUAAAUAAAUAGUAUCAAUAUUUAGUACGAAAUUUGUUUGCACUGGUGUAAUAACUGUAGGUGUAACAUACAGCUUUGCUGGUUCAGCUUGGUACAGGUCACUAAUAGAAAAACACGGUAUUGAAUGUGCUUUACUCGCGUGUGUGAAUUGAAUGAUCUACAAUAGCCAUUAGCUUAUAUGAUUUUUCUUAAUAUAUUAAUAUAAUCAGGUAUAACAUGGCAUUAUGGUAAAUUUACUGGGACAGAAACACUCUGCAAGUGUGAAGACAAGCACAAGUUUUGACAAGUGUGUCUGUAUGUCCGUGCAAACCGUUUUUAUGUGUGGCAUGGUGCAGUUUCCGUAAUCCCCUUCAAGGCAGAACAGAACAUAAAUGCAUGUUUUUUUCAAUGUCCGACUCAAAUGCCAGGAUAAGAUAAAACACUCUACUUGUAAUCUGUGAAUGGUUAUUCUUGGUGUUUGUGGUGUAGAGUGAUGUACAAAUUAGAACGAAAGAGUUUUUGCCAUUGGCUCAGACGGAAGUUCCUGGGACAUUCUUAGCACAUAACUUUGUCAUUGUCCUCUGAAAAGAAAAAUAAACAAUGAAUGAAA